UCAGCUGGAGGAUCCAGAGGUUUACAGACACUGUCCGUGUCUCUGGGGAGUGAUUCAUGGUAACCCAUCAGAUUUACCCAUGAAAAGAAAAAUUAGUACUCCUCUGCGUCCCAAACGCAGCAGGUUGGUCAGUGUCGGCGGUGAUUGUGCUCCAGAGCCCACAGUGCUGAGCUCUAAUGCACCAUCAAACUCUGACACCGUCCCAGAAUCUACCUCGCUCAUCCGACACCUGACGAUGUCAAGGCACAGUCACAACCUCCUCAAGUUUUUGGAUGAGGACCGGAGCCGGGGGAAGUUCUGCGAUGUGUCUGUGUCUGUGGGUGGAACGAUCUACAGAGCCCACAAGGUGGUGUUGGCUCACGGGAGCAGCUACUUUCAUGCUGAGUUGUCCAAGAACCCUGCAAUGACACAUGUGACUCUGGACCACGUGGAGGACUCUGUUUUCCAGCACCUGCUUGACUUUUUGUACACCUCCGAGUGUGUUGUCACAGACACAGACCUCCUGGCUCUAAUUGAAGCAGCACGAUUCCUGGACAUGAUGGAUAUACUAAAGAUGCUGUGUAAAGAAGGGGAGGUCCACCCUGUAAGUGUGAUCCAGGCCCAAGCUGAGAUAAGAGCGUCUCAAGAGGUAGAAAUUACCUCCAGUGACUCACCAGCAGGCAACGCUGAUGUCCAGAGCCCAUCUGAGCAGAGCAACCAGUGCUAUCGCCAGCUUAAUGCAGUAAACUCUGUGCAGAACCACUUGACUGAGAGUCACGGUGAUGUACAGCAGGAAAUCUCAACAGAGAGAGGGUCAGAGGGUCAGAGGACUGUUCUCACACGGAGAUCAGCUCGUAGGAGGAGAACACCCACUAAGUAUAAGAGAGAUGAUGUGGAGUACUUUGUCAACACACCUGAGGAAAAACAGAAGAUCUUAUCACUAAGCGAGCAGCACAAAGCUAGAGUAGAGGAGGCAGGAACCGUGGUUGUGGGAAAGCAGACGUCCAAACCGGACUUAAAAGAGACGUCUAAACCAGCUCUCGAUGAUGACGUAGUGGAUGAGGAGGAUGAGGCAGAGGAGGGAGGAGAAGUGAAUGAGGAUGUGGCUGCCCAAAAGACAGUCGCUGCAGACAAGAGCGCAAGUCAGCAGGGUCCAGAUGGAGAAGGUUCAGAGUGCCUUGCUGUUCGAGAGGUGGAGGUGCAGGCGGCUGCUGCAGGAAGCUCCAACCAGAGCCCAGUGUACCCUGAGGGUCUGGCCCCAGUCAUCAUACAGACCUCCAGCAAGAAGAUUCUCAUGUGUCCCAAAUGUGACAAGACCUUUGACCGUGCAGGGAAGUACGAGAGUCACACCAGAGUGCACACGGGAGAGAAACCGUUCCAGUGUGACAUCUGUUUCCAGCGCUACUCCACCAAGUCUAACCUGACCGUGCACAGGAAGAAGCACGCCGGCGACGCUCCCUUCCAGAAGAAGGAGCACAAAUGUCCCUUCUGCAACAAGCUGCAUGCCAGCAAGAAAACCCUGGCCAAACAUGUCAGGAGGUUUCAUCCAGACAACAUCCAAGAGUUUCUCACCAAGAGGAAGAGGAAGAGUGAAGGCUGGAAAUGUGCCAUUUGUCUAAAGACCUUCACCCGCAGGCCUCAUCUGCAGGAGCACAUGAUCCUGCACACACAGGACCGGCCUUUUAAGUGCACCUUCUGUGAUGAAUACUUCAAGUCGAGGUUUGCCAGGCUGAAGCACCAGGAAAAGUACCACCUAGGUCCUUUUCCCUGUGAGAUCUGUGGCCGACAGUUUAAUGACACAGGCAACAGGAAGCGACACAUUGAGUGUACUCAUGGAGGCAAGAGAAAGUGGACCUGUUUUAUCUGUGGGAAAUCAGUGCGGGAAAGGACAACGUUGAGGGAGCAUAUGAGGAUCCACAGCGGGGAGAAACCUCAUCUCUGUAGUAUCUGCGGCCAAAGUUUCCGUCACGGCAGCUCCUACAGGCUUCACCUCCGAGUGCACCAUGAUGACAAGCGCUACGAGUGUGACGAAUGCGGGAAAACCUUUAUACGUCACGAUCACCUGACCAAGCAUCAGAAAAUACACUCUGGUGAGAAAGCACACCAGUGUGAAGCGUGUGGCAAGUGCUUUAGGCGCCAUGAUCAUCUGACUGUUCACUACAAGAGUGUUCAUUUAGGAGAGAAAGUUUGGCAGAAGUAUAAAACUGCAGUGCAUCAGUGUGAGGUUUGCAAAAAGGAAUUUAAAGGAAAGUCCAGUCUGGAGAUGCACUUCAGGACUCACUCAGGUGAGAAACCCCACAGAUGUCCUGAAUGCCACCAGACAUUUCGGAUCAAGAAGACCUUGACAAAGCACAUGGUGAUUCACUCGGACGCUCGUCCUUUUAACUGUCCACACUGCAGCGCCACCUUCAAAAGAAAAGACAAGCUCAAGUACCACGUCGACCAUGUGCACAGCACGAGGUUUACCGGGCAGCCCGUCAGCACUCUCAGCGAGGUCAAAAUAGUCUCCAUCCCUUUUGAGGAAACCUCGAAGGCGUAUCGCGCUGAACCUAAGUCGGCUCUCCAAAGCAGCCCUGCUCCUGCUAUGAAUGUUUGCGUGCCAGUCACUUUAGUUCCUAUCCAGACGGCAGGAGGAGCGCAAGGUGACCUGAACACAUCAGGGGCGUCGUCUCUCUCCUCCCAGACUCAUAAUGUUGUGAGCAUGCAGGCUCAAGGACAGCAGCAGAACUCUGGCUACCAAGCCGCCACCGAACUGGCAUUCUUAGAGAAGUACACCCUCACCCCCCAGCCCACCAACAUCGUCCACCCUGUGAGGCCUGAUCAGAUGCUGGAUCCACGAGAGCAGUCCUACCUGGGCACGCUACUGGGACUGGAUUCAUCUUCCUCUGUACAGAACAUGUCCAACUCUGAUCACAGGCACUGAUGCUCCUAAAUCCAAAUUAAGUCUUAAAGGCACACUCUGAAAAACCUACUUAUCAUUGGAAUCAGAAGAACAAAACUUCAGUAUUCACCACUAAAAUAUAUAUAUGUAUUUUGAGACAGGGAGGAGCUUUUGAACUUAGUGUGAAUGAUUAAAUUUUAGGCUCCAUCAACACAUGUUUUCAUUGGAAAAUGCAUCAAGAGGCGCUAAAACUGAGAAGUUUGGAAACACUGCUGGUCUAGUUUUAGUUUUAAAGCUUGCGUUUGGUUCGAGAGGUUUGGAAACAAUGAUGUAGACACUGGGGCUGCACAAUAUAUCGAAAAUGUAUCGUCAAAAGCAAAAGACUGCUUGAUGGUGCUCCAUGCGACAUGCAUUCACAUUCUGCAUGUCAAUAUGUUUGGCCAAUCAGAUGGAGCCCUGCUGCUCUAGAUAAUAAAUGAAAGAUAUUCAGAUCACUGACAGGUUUUUCUGUCCCAGUGUAUGGAGCUGGUGGGGUGCACUCGGUUUGGCGUAGUGCACAGCAUGUGGACAGAUAUAGUUUUAGUUUGAAAAUGCUGUUUUCAAAUGAAAACAUAGUGGUUUGAUUGUAGCCUAAGAAAACUACAACUGUUGUUUUAACUGGGAGACUAACGCCUCUGAUAUUCAGCCACAGUAGAUUCACAUGUUACAUUUUUAAUGUUUUCUAGUUCAGUUUAGUAAACCAUGAAAUAUAUCACAUUAACUGUAAAAUCUGAACUGAAAGUGAAAAGGACAAGUGUGGGAACCAUGGUCACGCAAAUUGGCUUUAACAGUAUUUUUUUUACUUGCAUCAGUUUUAGUACAAGCUUUUAGUGUCACAGAAUAACACAAUUCAUUUUGAAUGGAUUCAUCCAUUGGCAGAAACAUUAUCAAUGAAGGUUUUUUAGGACUUGGUUCAUCAUUCAUGUUCUUAAAUGCAACAUGUACUCUUCUGCUGCUCAGAGUCUCUCAAUCAAAACAGUAACAAAAGCUGCAUUAUUAAUAAAUCAGGAGGUUUUUAGCCAGCGAGCACAGGACGUCUGUGAGAUUACUAAAAUCUGUCCACCAGUUAAGUUAUACAGUUAAAUGUAAAAUUGUUAAUUGUGUAAAAAAUGUGGCUUAAAACUUGGUAAAAGUUGAUCAUGAUUGUUUUUGUUGGAUAACCAAUAGUGAUGUUUGUACAUAGGAGAUCCUUGACAGACGUGUAAAUGAAAUUAUGUAUUUUCUGGGUUUAAAAACUGCUGGAAACAUUUGAGGUGCUGUAAGUUCUCAACGCAACAAAACAUUACAUAGGUAUAAUGGUUUUAAAGCAGAAAAGUUGCAUGUAAUACAUUUAAUUAUAAAACAUUACUACUGAGAUGUAAAAUGGGUGGCCUUACAUUGUAGUGUGCGUACUUUUUAAAACGUUUUUACUGCAGUGUAAUUAUGAACAUAAAUGUUAGAAGUUUAUGACAUACAGCUCUGUCUUUCAAUGCAGUUUUGAGGAAAAUGCCCAAAAAAUCACAACACUUUGCAAUUUCCAUUUCUAAUACUUUGACAAAGUCAUCCAAGGGAAUUAAUUUAACUAAAUGUUAAAGAUUUUGACAAUGUUCAACUGUUAAAUGAAGGUUUUUAGUUUUCUUUGAACAACAGGACAAAUUUCUGUUUUUGAUGAAACCUGUACGUGGUCAAAUCUGUUCUGUACCACACAUCACAAUGUGUCGCUCCACAGUAACGUCGCGGCAUCUGCACCUCCCAGAGAUGUGCACAAAUGUGCGAGGACCCUUCCAUACUGCAUGGAGCUUCAAUUUAAAUUGAGAUGGAAAAUCAUAUGAAAUAUGGAAAAUCAAGUGUUAAAGUAUCAGUUGCAUCUUGAGAAGGUGUUGCUGUUUUAAAUUGUGUCGCAGCUGUUAUUGUUUUUAAUUGUGCGUCAUUCAGCUGAGUUAAUAAUAAUGAUCUGUUACAGAGGUGAUGCUCUUCUGAAACUUCUCAAACUUUGUGUCAUGAUCAAUAAAAUCAGAUAUGAAAGACGUGUGUGUCAUUAGCCUUGUGACAGACUAGAAUAAUAAGUGAAUGGCUUGAUUUUAGGGAGG